CCCCCACUAAUUUCAGACUACUUCCCGGCGAAGUAGUGUGGUCCUCGCAAUAAAAGACGCUGACGCACAGCUGAUCGCCAAACGCCCGAAGGAAUCAUCGACGUCGCAGUUCAUUUCUUCUCUCUCCGGUUUCACUUCUGAUUCAUUAAGAGAUCGCAAGCGCUCCAGUCUCGCCCGACCAACGAUUUUCCUGUUUUAGGAAGUGGAAUGAAUCGUACUUUCACAUCAGCAACGGAGGCCACCGCAGAGUCGGCUGUGGCCGUGGACGUGGUGGGAUACAGAUUUCAUCCUCGCGAUGAUGAACUCGUGAAUCACUAUUUACGUCGCAAGUUACUCAACCUGAGUACUGGUCGUGUUUCCAUACCUGAGAUCAAAGUCUAUUCUUUUGAUCCUUGGGAUUUACUCGGUUUGGUGGACAAUAAGCUUGACGAGUGGAUUUUUUAUUGUUAUUGUCCGCGUGAUUACAAAUAUGUCAACAGCAAAAGAUCCAAUAGAACCACAAAAAGUGGUCAUUGGAAACCUACAGGCAAGAUCCGUGAAGUAAAAAUUAAGAGAACCAAGAAAAAAAUUGGUAUUAAGAAGACUUUGGUUUUCUAUAAAAAGGGGAAAGGUUAUCCGAGAGGAAUCAUCACAGAGUAUGUAAUGCACGAAUACGAGUACAUAGCGGAUCCAAACUCACCACAUAAGGUAAAUUGACAUUUCUUUGGUAGUUUCACAGAUCAUAUCUUAAUAUCCAUGGUUGAUGCUGAACUUAUCACUUUUGUGGUCAUAUAAAUCCAUGAAAUGCAGCUGAUGGUGUAUUGUUGUUUUUCUAAUUAAACUUGAGAUGGUGUAUAGCUGUUUUGUUACUUCCAUUUGAACUACGGUUCAUGCUCCAAAUGAUGCAUCACUAUUGUGGUUAUAUACAUGCAUGAAAUACAGCUGAUGGUGUGUUAUUGUUUUGCUAAUUAACCUUGAGAUGGUGUAUGUCAUUUGAUUCCUCAGUUUGUCAUUUGAUUCCUCAGUUUGUUAUACCAUUUGACAUGACAUGACAUUUUACAAAUGUACAUCUAACACUUAAUUGCAUUAGUUAAGGUUGGUAAUUAUGUAUCAUUUGCAGGAAAAUUUCACCCUUUGCAAAUUGAAGAGGAAGAGAGAUAAAAGAAUCAAUAAAGAUCAUGACAAACUAGACAGUAUUGUGACUAUGGAUUCUAGUCUUGAUCAAUGUCACCCUAUUUCUGAUGUUGAAAAAACGAGCCCUAGUUACCGGGGGCCUAAUGCUUUUGACUGUGAAAAUCAAAGACCGCCUUUAUUGGGAAGUAAUGGGUGUUCGAACCAACAACAGACUACUUGUGAUAGUAGUGAGGCAAGCCACCUGGUGGUUUCUGAUUUUGGAAAUCAAAUGUCACCUUUGGAAAAAGGUGAUGGUGGUGAUACUGUUGAGCAAGGUUCGUGCGAGUACAGUGAAGCCAAUUGUAUGCGGGUUUCUGAUUUCUUAAUCCCCAUCACACCUCUACAGACAAGUUAUCAAGUUGGUUGUGAACAUGGUGAGGCAAAUUGCCUAAUGGCUUCUGAUUCAGGCAGUCAUGUAUCACCACUUAAAGACGACGGAUGCUCGACUUUGCUGACACCAUCUAGUUUGGAAAGUCAUUCAGUUUUCGAGAAUGAUAAACUGGGUCAUUUGAUGGAUUCUGUUAGUGGAAUCAGCCCGUGGCAGACCCCGCAAGCAGAACAACCAACUCCUUUGGAAAGGGAACUUUACAGUUCAAGAGCACCAAGUCCUGAAGUAGAGAACCAGAAGCUUUCUGAGAACCCCUUCCUUACUGCAACUGAGUGGGGUGACUGCUUCCAUUCUGCAUUUCCAGAGAUAAACCCAGAAUUGGUUGAUCUAAUGUUGACCUACCCGCCAGAAAGCAUAUUCUGACUCGUCCCUUCUGCCAGCCAGUCUGGAACUUGGAGAGUGAUAUCUCUAUGAUGGCCGCCAUCUAUAUAUAUGUUGAGUAUUGUUCAAAACAAAGUAUAUUCUACUACCUAUUUCAGGAAUCUUGAUAUGUGCUGAUUUCACAUAAUGUGAACUAGGCUGUUCAUUUAGGCACUUUGUAUAUUCAUAUUUCUAUUUGGUUAAAUGUACUAAUGAUAAAUGUGUAAGUAAGCUAUGUAAUGUACAGCUUUGCUUGUUUGUUACUGAGCAGUUUCCAGGAGCACAUAUUCUUAUGAAUCACACUGGUUUGAAUCAAUGUGAUUCAACAACGUGCGAGAGGAGGGAGGCAUUCAUGUUCUUCUUCUUAAAUUCCAGUUUAUCAGAGUGCUGACUUCCAUUUCAGAUACAAAUUGCUUAUUGAUGAACAUAUUUUGGUUGUUUUAUGGUUAUACAUCUAAUUAGUAGUUACCCUCCCCACAAUGCCUGCUGCCUGCCUUGCCUAGUCUUCUUCUAAUGUGCUGCUAUUGAGGCAGAAAAGUACAGACGAUGAUUAAGGAAGAGGAGC